AUGAAUGAUCCGGUAAAACAAGAAGAUAUGGCAUGCGGGGGAGAUCCAUCUUUUGAAGAAUGCAAGUUAGCUAGUAAUGUAGAACUUGAAAUAACAUUAAGAUAUUUAUAUAAAUUAAAGGAAGAAAGCAAUGAUGAAGCUAAAAAAGAAGCUGUAGUUAAUUAUGAUGCUAUAGUAAAAGAAAUUGCUAACUUUGAAAAGCAGUGCAAAUAUAAAGUACGAGAAGCGAUGCUAUAUACAAUGUCAUUCAGAAUAAGUAGUCGCCUUAGUGAUUAUAUUUUUGAUGAGCCAUUGACAGAUGAAUAUUGCUUAAAAUUAAAGGAAAUUUUUAAUAUGGAGGAAAAAAUAUUUCAAAAAGUUUUUUUGGAAGUACUAGAAAAAGAUGAUGUUAGAGAAAGAAAAAAAAUAAUUGACAAUGUAAAUUUGAUAAAAAGUUAUCUUAGAGAAAAGGAAAAAUCUAUGGGUAUUACAUUAUCCGAACAAAAAUUACAAAAUGCAGCAUUGAGAAUAGGUGGUUUCAUAUGUGAUUUGAUUUCUUUAACUAUAGUACCUUCCAAAAACUUUCCUAUAGAACCUGAUGAUGACAAUCCACCCUCAUAA